CAAAGCCUUCAUUCUAAAGUUGAUUCCUGCCCUUUCCGUGAACAGGUCUUGGUAAGAAAGGACGACCAACUUAUUCGUAAACUCCUUGAUGCUCUAAUCCACCAUUCCAUAUCGAUGCCAACUUUGGAUUCUGGGCAGCAGUCGCUGAAAUGCUGGUUCGGAGCUCUCCGAAGGCCAUUAAAGCGAGGUGAUCUUCAUGAAGUUGGUCUUUGGUCUACAGAAGGGAAUUCUGAACUAAGAGAUUACAUUACAGGGAAAGUGGCAAGAUGCUGGAUUUGGUGUUCUGCUUGGUUCGGGCUAACGACUGGGAUGAUUACUCAUUCUAUUUUUGGUUCUGCACCAGUGGAGUUUGUCAAUUGUGACAAUAUGCUAGAACUUCAGUCCUGGUUGGAACUUGGUGGAAGUAUUCUGGUAUCAACUUGGGAAAACAUCUGCAGUUGUUACCCUGAUGACUGUCAAUGGUUGGUCAUUGGCUUUGACAAUAUUCUCUUACACUUCCACUGUUGGUCUCAAGACUCGUGA